AUGCGCCAAUUGCGGUACAAUAAAGUUGUAAUUCGUUAUUCCAGAUGCUCGCCAAAUCUGAAAAAAGCCAGAGGUUAUUUGUAUUCCUCGGAAGCCUCCGCCCACAUCUCCAUUCAGGAUUUCUUGGCCCACUAUUGGCCAAACCACCUGAGCACUAGGUCCAAUGUGAGUAGGAUCGCUCAGACAUGCUUCAUAAUUGGAAAAACGAGCACCAUGGAAAUACAUGCCACUCAGCCAAAGAAAGAUGAUAGAGAGUUGGCCAAAAUGGGCGCUAAAUACUUUUUCGAGAGAUUUCCUCCAAAUCACUGGUAUGACUCUGUGCAUCGUUCAUACUUCCGAUGUGUGGAGGGAACCAUUGCAGCUAUCCCUUGA